AUGCCUUUACACGGCGUCGGUAUCAUUGUCGGAGGGACUAUAGCAGUCAUCGGCUCAGGCUAUGCUUUCAAGAAGUUCGUGUACGACCCCCAUCUCGCACCAUACAUCGAGGCUUUCAUAGCCCAGCACCCCAUCCUUCACUCUCUUUCACCGACCCCCUCAUCACAAGCAGACGAGAACACCCGCCGGGCAAUACCCGUACCCAUCGCUGCGUCCACUUCAGGCACCUCGUCGGCGCGUCAAUCCAACCUGACUCACGUGCGACGGCGCCGGUCGGUGCGUAAUCAGGAGGAUGCUGGGGGGAUGGACGUGGAGCUUGAGACGCGCCAGCCGUUGCUGAGAGCUGGGGAGAGGGAGGAGUACUACCUGGACUCGGACCGGCUGGAUGAGUGGGGCCGGUCUAGGCGGGCGACAAUGAAAGUUGGGCCGUCGGCCGGUCCCUCUCGUCCCAAGCCAAUACCUGCACCACUCGUCUUACAUUCUCCACCCCCUUCUAUCAGCCACAGUCUAGUCGACCUCCAUACCGAGUCUGCUCCACCCCCACCACCCUCCGAACCCGCGGCGGAGCCUUUUCAGGACUCGGAGCUACGCUCUAUCAUCUUUGAUCGGGACGAGCCAUUGGUGGGUGCCGUGGCCACGCUCACAACGCCCAUCCUUACAUCGGCACCACUCGAGAUGCCGUCGCCACCAGCCGUACGCACCCCAUCUAUCACGUGCGGGGAACCGCCCUCAAACCAUAUCCUCACUCCUGGUGACCACGACUCCACGCCCACUCAGACGCAAACCCCCUUUGUCCAAGCGCUCCACUUCGAGGGAGCUCCAGCUCCCACCGACGAGGCUGAUGAGGAUGAUGAUCUCGACAUCAUCAGCAAUGUCAACAGCGAUUAUGUCGACGCGGAAUCGUACACAAUCCCGGGGACACCCGAUACGGAUCGCGGACUGUCCCCUACCUUCCCCUCCUUCCCCUCUGCUCCAUCUACCGCAUCAUACGCCCUGCUACCGGCUAGAGGCGUCAACUCGACGGACCAGGCGUUAGCGAGCGGAGGGGCGGUCGGCGGGCUAUCCUUCAUCCGGCUUCAGAGCCCGCCUAUCCUGGACAGAGAGGGCAUGCGGGCAGGACUAGCGGGUCGGCGGUCGAUGAGCGUGGUCAGUCUGAGUGACGGGAGUGAGAGUGGGAGGUCGGACGAUUGGGAGGCGAUCUGA